AUGGCCUCCUUGCAGGAGUUUGUCCGCGAGAAAUCCGACAUCUGGUAUAAGGAUGCUCAGGGAGGUGAGACUCAGGAGUACAUCUCACUUUUCGCAGAUGACGUCCCGAUCGAUGGGCGGACGCCGCUGCAGAUGUACAGCGACUGGUUUGCUGCCUUCUCUGAGGCCUUUGCAGAGGACCUGGGCGACCCAAUCGUCGAAGUGAUGGUGGGUCUUGGCCCAUGCGGCGAGAUGAGGUAUCCUUCGUACCCGCUGGAUCGGUGGAGCUUUCCCGGCAUCGGCGAGUUUCAAUGCCACGACAAGCACGCGCUGGAGAGCCUAAGGCUCGCAGCCGAAUCUGCUGGGUGUGACGGCUGUGAGACUCCUCCGGCCGCAGGGACGUACAACGACCAGCCAGAGGACACCGAGUUCUUCACGACGGGCUACUCCUCCCCCAGUGGCCGCUUCUUUCUGGACUGGUACUCUGGGGCGCUGAAAGAGCACGGGGCCAACAUCCUAAAGCAAGCCGGGGAAGCCCUGGGUCCGAAGGUGAAGAUCUCGGCGAAGAUUUCCGGCCUCCAUUGGUGGCACAACUCUUCGUCACAUGCUGCCGAACUGACCGCUGGCUACUACAACACCAACGAUCGCAAUGCAUACCUGGAGAUUGCGGAGAUGCUCCUGGACUCGGGCGCCAAAGUCCUGGACUUCACAUGCUUGGAGAUGAGGGACACUGAGCAGCCGCCCGCUGCCGCAUCGAGCCCGCAGGACUUGGUCGCACAGGUUAUCCAGGCCUCCAAGGAUGCAGGCAUCGCAUUCUCCGGCGAGAACGCUCUGCAGCGCUACGACCAGAGAGCCUACGAGCAGAUGCUUUCAUACAAGGAUGACCUGCACUCCCUCACCUACCUGCGGAUCACCGACACCCUGCUGACGCCGCGGGAGAUUGGGAGAUUUAGGCAGUUCGUCAGCGCCAUGCACGCCCCAGCCGGGGAAGUGCACGAGCUGAGCUUCCUUGACAAGGGGAG